AUGGAUUUCCAAGAUAAGGCUGCCGAGGGCCCUUACGAAAAUAUAAAUGGCUGUAAUAAUGGAAAAUCGUCAAAUAAGCCGUAUUUUAGUCAAUUCUCUGUGGCAAGUUUCAGUUAUGCUUAUGAGGAUGCCGUUAUUGUCAAAAUGCUAGUGGAAAUGGUGCCUUGUCACAAUGAAGCUGUCUACGAUAUUAAUCAAAAAGAAAUUGGAAAGGUGGGAAAAAUCUUCGGUCCUGCGCCAUAUUUUCAUAUUUUAAUACUUUUGAAUAAUCCGCGUAAAAUUAAAGAGUUUGGACAUCAUUCAAAGUUUAUUAUGAAUGUUCGGAAUUUAUUACCAUUGGAAAAAUUCGUACAAGACCAAUAUUUACUAAGUAUUUACAAUAUUUGA